AUGCCAGGCCUGACGUUCUCGAACGAGCUGAUCUCGCGGGACGAAGGCCUGCACACGGAGUUCGCGUGCCUGCUCUACGGGAAGUUGCAGAACCCCUUGCCAGAGGACGUGAUCCACAACAUCAUCCGCGGCGCGGUGGAGGCCGAGCGCGUCUUCAUCUGCGACGCGCUGUCCUGCGACCUCAUCGGCAUGAACAACGACCUCAUGACGCGGUACAUCGAGUUCGUUGCGGACCGCUUGCUCACCGCGCUGGGCCAUUCCAAGCUGUUCGGGGCGUCCAAUCCGUUCGACUGGAUGGAGCUGAUCUCGCUACAGGGCAAGACCAACUUCUUCGAGAAGCGCGUCGGCGACUACCAGAAAGCUGGAGUAAUGUCCUCGACGAACGCCUCGGGGGAGGAAGCCAAAGGUUUUGCGCUGGACGUGGACUUCUGA